GAAGUACACUUCUCUGCCACACCCUCUCAGUUGUGAUUAUCUUCCCUUUUGACCCUGUGACAUGUUAUUUUCUUUUAAGAUUUAGUGCCGUCAGACUUGUACGCUGAUAGACUUCACAACAGGCUGUAUUCAGAUAGUCGGCUACGUACAACCCUCCAUUUCUUAUACCGCUGUUUGACAGUUUGUGGAGUUGACACGGAACUCAAUUCAGCUGAAGUCAUUCUGUUGAGUCACUCUCAAGAGUGCCGAAGGUUUUGCUGAGGUGAAGCGAUGGAAGCUGCUGUCUUUCAGUAUCACAAAGAGGAUGACACUGUGGACGUUGAAUCUUUUCAGGGCGAGAAGCAGAAGCUGAUUCAGCCGGCGUCUUUAAAAGACCCCAAAUUUGAAAAGCUAAAGGAGGCACUGGUUUGUUGGAUCAAUAGCACUUUGAAACCGGAUCACAUAGUGGUUCAGAGUCUGGAGGAGGAUCUGUACGACGGGCUGGUGCUUCAUCACCUGCUGUCCAGGUUGGCCGGUGUGCACUUGUCUGUAGAGGAUAUGGCACUAACCAGCCCUGCUCAGAUCCGCAAGCUGGGAGUGAUCCAGGAGGAGUUGGACAAGAGACUGAGCCUGCAGGACAGCAGCCAGAUCAAGUGGAACGUCAAACUCAUCCACAACAAAGACCUUCUGGCCACUAUUCAUCUGCUGGUUGCCAUGGUGAGAGCUUUCCAGCCUGAACUGGGUUUGCCACCAAAUGUUAAAGUUGAAGUCAUAGUUUUGGAAGUGAGCAGAGGUGGAAUCAAAUCAGAUAUACAGACAGAGGUCCUGACAGAGGAAAGGGAUGCAGGUUCAGGCUCUCUCAACAAGACUGAAAUGGAAGAUCCCAUCGAUCAACUGCUGAAGCUUGAUGGUCACAAGGUCAACAUGGUGAAGAAGGCUAUCUUACACUUUGUCAACCAGAAAAUGUCGACCAUGGGUCUGGAGGUGGCUGAUAUGGACAAACAGUUUGCUGACGGUGUGAUUCUACUGCUGCUGCUCGGACAGCUGGAAGGCUUCUUCAUCCCGCUCUAUGACUUCAACCUGACACCUGUCAGUCCCUCUGAGAUGCUCCACAAUGUGACCUUGGCCUUGGACCUCCUUAAUGACACAGGCCUUCAAGUGGCCAGCGUUGAUCCACAAGAUAUUGUCUCUCAGGACGACAUUGCCACGUUGAAGGUCCUGUACGCCCUGUUCAAGAAGCACAAAGAUAAAUGAGAGAGGGACUCAACAACCAGGGAGCUGAAGAAAAGUGGAGUUUUUGACCAACUUGUGGUUUCUUCUGUCUCUAAACUGGGGAAAAGGCUGCUCAUUAUUUAAAUGGUGAAGUAAGACUAAUUAGACAUAUUGGUGAUGCUCUCAAGCUAAUUUAAAAAUAAUUCAAGAAGCUAAAGUAGCUUUAACAAGUCAUUCAUAAACAACAUCGGUGUCUAAGGGCCCUGUCUGAGCCUCAUUUAUGACAACAUUUAGAGUGAAAUCAUCACGUCACCAAUCCUCCACCAUCACCUACUUUUUGAGGACAGGUGGAUACAAGGCUAGA